GCUACGCAAGGCAGCGCUCCGCACAAAUCUCACCACGUUCCGAUGGAGUGGGGUUUGCAUGUCUGUUUCGAGGGAUUGAGUCAAAACAAGCUCUGAAAAAAACGGGGCUCAGUUUCCCUAAUGUCCUCCUUCAAAUUAAUUAGUGAUGAGAGUGGCUGAUGCUCUGAGUGUAUUUCAGUGUGAGGGAUAAAGGACGACAGUUUUAGGCUCUUGUAGUCAGCUGCUGGUGUAAAAGUGCAAUCCGUUGGUUCAUCUGUGACUGAACUCGAGCCAGACCGAUGACUCUCGGAGAUUCCAUCACUAUCGCCGACCUCAUGCAAGGAAUUGGGACGCAGGUUGAAUGAUCUGUGAUUGCAUUCUGAAAUAGAAUUCCUUCUUGCUUUUGGAUAAAUCAUGUGCUCUGGACUGGCUGUGAUUUCUCCUCCUCAUGCUCGAUGGCAGACGAAGACAGCCGCUCUGUUCAUGUGAGCUUUGAUCACAAAGAGAUGGCUCUGAUCCGCAGCUAAACCUGAUCCACUGCUCUCCUGUCUCUCUGACCAUCCCCUCUCCUCUAUUUUUCUCUUCACGUCAACCUCCCUCACCAUGGCCUGCUUGUUGGUGUCAGUGUUCCUCCUGGUUCUCCAGACUUAUGCUGCCCCAUCGGAGUUUGUUCAGAGUCUGGAUCUGGGCCCUGGACUCACUGCCAAUGUCACUCUGUCUCCACCCCCGGGGACUAGCAAACAUGCCCCCCACAGCAUCAUCAUUGGGGUGCGCAAGGGGGGGACACGCGCCCUGCUGGAGAUGCUAGAUAUCCACCCUGAGGUCGCUGCCGCUGCCACAGAGGUGCACUUCUUCGACUGGGACGAGAACUACGCCAAGGGCUUUGACUGGUACCGUGAGCUGAUGCCCUAUUCCUACCCGCACCAGAUCACAGUGGAGAAGACGCCAGGCUAUUUCACCUCUUCCCUGGCGCCAGAGCGCAUCCGUGCCAUGAACUCCUCCAUCAAGCUGCUGCUGAUCCUGCGGGACCCAACUGAACGCGUCGUCUCAGACUACACCCAGGUCUACUUCAACCGCCUGGAGAACCACAAGCCAGUGCAGGCCAUUGAGAAUCUGCUGGUGCGCAGCGGCGCUCUCAACACCCGCUACAAGGCCAUCCAGCGUAGCUUCUACGACGUGCAUAUGCGGAACUGGUUGCGCCACUUCCCUCUGGAGCAGAUCCACAUCGUUGAUGGGGACACUUUGAUCCGGGACCCCCUUCCCGAGCUGCAGAAAGUAGAGCGUUUCCUCAACCUGCCCCCCAGGAUAAUGUCGUCCAACUUCUACUUCAACCAGACCAAGGGGUUCUUCUGCAUCCGGAGUGAGGGGCGAGAACGCUGCCUGCACGAGUCCAAAGGGCGUCCCCACCCGGCCGUCAACAGUACCGUGCUGCAACAGCUACGCUCCUACCUCCGGGAGCACAAUCGUAACUUCUACCGCCUGGUGAAGCGCUCCUUUGACUGGCAGUAAGGCAGGGCACCCCUCUUCCUAUGUGGACUAGUUCCUCCUGGCCCACAGAAGACUUAGGAACCAUUGCCCUGUUUAAGGUCUGACUGACCAGUAAUUAAAGGGGCAAAAGCACUUUACGAACUCUGACACCCAAACACUCCUGUCAAUCGCCUUUUACUCUGCUCUGGUGUCAGCAGCGCAGUUCCACAUUUACAAAAUAAAGCAAGAACUUAAAAUAUAAGCUAACGUGGAAAAAUCGCCAAUCUUGAUAAGUCAUUCUCUGUACUGUACCGAACAAAAGUGACGCAGAUUGUGGCAAAACAAUUUUGUGAACCUGAUGGAUUUUUUUCUGCUUUGUUUGAUAUUCUUGUACUUGAUAAUAAAUUGUUCUGCUUUAAAAAUGUACAUGUGGAACGGGAUCUGUUUCUCCUUUUUGGUUCUUUGUGCUGCCCUCCAGAUCCUAACCGGAGUUGUUUAGGGAGCAUGCUAAGGUAGACUGAGGCAUUAGGAUAAGCCUUUGUUUCACUGGAGUGGAAGUAGGACAUUAAUGCAAGGGAAAUGGUUGCCCUAGAGCGCCACUUUAGCAUUACAGAAAUCACUAAUGGUUUGGACAUUGAAGGUAGUGCCUGCAGCAAAAGGGGCCGAAUCACGAGUCAGCAAGCUGAAGUCUGAGCUCUUCCUGUAUUUUAGCACUGUUAAGUGUUCAACAGUUUGAUCAGGCUGUAGAGGCAGCCAGUAAAUCAUAUGUGUAUUGUGGCCGUUCUCACUGGAGUUCAACAUAAGCAUAAACAGAAGAGUAGCCAUUACUAUUUUCAUCAGGAUUAUUAUCCUUGUUGAUUAGGUUUUAAAGCGCAGGCGAAGCCAGGGAGACCACUGAUGAUUAUGUGAUCUCCCUUCUGUCUGCUGGCUCUGACAGAGGCUAAAUAAGUUCUCCCACCCCAGGGGUGACAGACAUCGAUGCUGGUGGCUUUUCCCUGGCCAGCAGGAAUAAAGGGGUGUGUUGGUCAGUCCACACUAAAAAUAGGAGCCAAUGUUUUUACACUCAAUCUUACCAUCUCACAUUUACUGAUACUUUAUUGUGUUUAUUGAUAUGUCCAUUAGUGUAUUCAACUAUAGUCUUGUUCUAAGGUACCAUCCAGCACAUGCUCUCAGAAUAAUCAGUAUUCUAUUUUGACUUAAAGAAGCUGGUAGUGUUUCAAAAGUAAUUUGUCAUUGCUGUACUGGAAUAAGGGAUGUUAUUACCCUAUGUCUUCACUAGGGGGCAUAUAGGUCCUUCAGGAAUAAUAUGAGGUGAUGUGUCUGGACAUGCUCUUUCAAGGGUUCCCCUUGUCAGUGGUGCAGGUGAAGAGGCUGUGACAGGGACCCGGUGACCCUUGCCAAGGCCUCACUGGGGCCUGCCCCAUCGCGUGUGUUUCAUGUGCCUGUUCACCUGGAAGAGAACACCCUGCCCUGCCUCCACAAGGAGGCCCUGUCCAGGUCACCGAGCCAUCUCAGCCAUGUGUGUACAUGCUUCCAGCCCUCCCAGCACCCACCCACCAACCCCUUGUCUGACUGUAGACACGCGCCUGGUGUGUCACACUUUGUGUACGUUUUGAGUAAAUCCUAGCUCUACAAAUGUUUUGUAUAAAAUUGCUAGAUUUAUGUUCUUUUCAUUACUCAUUUGCAUGCUUGUAAGAGGGAAAGGCAUUUCACAGGGUUUCUAAUACAAACUCACUGCCAGAUCAAUGAA